AUGAAAAGAGAUGCUACUGGCAGGGUUCUUAAUGGCAAUAAAUCAGGAUCUUGCAGUAGUAGUGAUAGUACUAAAUAUGUUGUUGGUUCUUCUUCAUCGAAGUCUUUGCACUUCUUCGUGAGAUAUUCUGGUGGUAAUACACAAGUACUACAUGCAAAUACAGAUGAUACAGUUGAAUCUGUUCAUAAACAAAUUAGAAAAAAGAUGAAAAUACCUGUGCCGGAGCAAGGUUGUAUAUAUUACCGAGGGAAAAAGCUUGAGAUGGAUAAAACCCUAGAAUAUUAUUCGAUACAGAAAGACGCACAACUUCAGUUGGUUGCAAGGUUGAGGAGUACCAAAUAUCCGAAAGCAUGGCAACUUGUUAGUAAAGGUGAAUAUCGGGGUGCAAAUACAAUUGUUGUUGAUGAUGUUGAGCUGUUCAUUAAUAUGUCUUCGAUAUAUCCUGCAACUGCUUUUUGUCAUAAUCAGGUAUUUGUAGCCGGUGGUGCUGCAGCAGCUCUGGUUAUGCUGGGAAAUUUGGCUUUUAGGGUGCUUAGAAGUGUAGUCUUAGAACAUGCUAAAGGAACAGUUGAAAAUCUGGGGUUGUCUGCAUUUGUAUCUGAGCUGGGAUAUAAGGUGAUAAAGGGUUUAGACUCUUGUAUUAAUCCGCAACAAAUUGCUGUAAUGUCAUUGUCAGAUGAUGUUCGUAAUUUUAUUGCAUUCUUAAAUCCUUUGUGUAAAGUAACUGAGAACGGGUUAUGCAAGAUGGGUUUUCUACCUAUUUGUUUGACUGAUUUACUCUUAUAUUCUAACAUGGAGCUUGGAACGCUCCACGAUGUUUUCUUAGAAAUGCUCCGAAAAAUUGAUGAAUGCUUGAAAAUGAUGGAGAUAUCAGUCAGCAAAACUGAUAGUUGUCGAAGUGAGCAGGGGCAAUACCUUUCUAUAUUAAAGACACUGAAAACUUUAUCUAAACUUUACCAAGGUGCUGAAGAAAAUCUUCUAUCUGUUCCGAGGAGGCAUUUGACGAUGAUGUUGCUGCCUGAGGUGAAAAGUAACGGGCAUUUGUUUGAAAUGCUUAUAAACAGGGAACAGUUAUUGGCUGAAUCAUUUGAGUAUAUAAGUAAAGCUGAUGCUAAAGAUUUGCGUAGUGGUCGACUUUUCAUGGAGUUUAAAAAUGAGGUAGCAACCGGUCCUGGCGUUUUAAGAGAGUGGUUUUGCGCAGUCUGCCAAGCAAUAUGCAACCCACAGAAUGCACUAUAUCUAGCCUUCCCAGACGACAGGAGAAGGUUCUUUCCUAAUCCAGCAUCUGAUGUCAACUUACUUUACCUUAACUAUUUUCAUUUUUGUGGACGGGUAAUUGCGUUGUCACUAGUGUACAAGGUGCAAGUAAGAAUCCUAUUAGAUCGCACAUUUUUCUUGCAAUUGGCUGGUAAGACCGUGUCUUUGGAAGAUGUGAGGGAUGCCGAUCCAUUAUUUUACUCGAGCUGCAAGAAAAUUUUAGAAAUGGAUAGUGAUUUGUUGGAUUCUGAUGCUUUAGCUCUAACAUUUGUCAGUGAAGUCGAAAAAUUAGGAUGCAUGACAACUGUUGAGCUCCUUCCAGAAGGAAAUAGCAUUGCGUUGAAUAGUAAGAACCGAGUAGAGUAUGUAAAUCUCCUUAUACAACAUCGUUUUGUGACCUCGGUCUCACAUCAAGUACAAAAUUUUGCGGAAGGUUUUUCUCAAAUUCUUGGCAAUACAGACCUGCUUGCUUUCUUUUUUCGGAGUUUAGAACAUGAAGAUCUUGAUCGGAUGCUGCAUGGAAGUGAUAAAGCUAUAUGCGUUGAGGACUGGAAAGCGCACACCGAGUAUAAUGGCUGUAAAAGAACUGAUAGUCAUAUCAUCUGGUUUUGGAAGAUUGUAGAAGAGAAGCCCAAGAAUUUCAGCCGUCUCCUUUACGUAACAGAUAAGCUCGGAGGUUGGGGUUGCUUCGAGAUGACCUUAGCUACGGCGAUAGGAAACAUCAGUUCAGGUCAACAUACAUUCUUGAUGGCAUCCGGCGAUGACUCGGUGACAUUCAACUAUAAUAAGCUGAACAAUCAUUCAUUAUCAAGUAUGCCGAAGUGGAGAGUACUAUUGAGAAGAAUAAACAAGGAAAAGAAAAGAUUAUUUGGUUCUUCUACUUGUUCAAUCCGAGCGUCAUACGAUCCAUCUAGUUAUUCAAAGAAUUUUGAUAACGGCUCUUCUUAUUGUUCGGACGAAGAAGCCAAUAGUGUGUCAAGACUCUUGACUGCCCGAUUUGUUGACAUAUCAAGGGUGUCCGGAAGGAAAGUGCUUGGAUGA